AUGGAUGCAAGAAAAAAAAGAACGAGGAAUGGUGGAGAAAAAAUGGGAAAGGGACAACAAUUGGGAGAGUAA